GUUCUACACCACCCGGUUCUACACCACCCGGUUCUACACCACCCGGUUCUGUGUGAUUUCUACUUUAUAAAUCACUGGACGGAUUAAAGAUCUGCUGCUGGAUCAACCUGCUGGUUCUGGUUCUGCAUCAGAAGCAGAACCAAACAUGGAGAAGCUGCAUUCAGCUUCUAUGCGCCACAAACCUGGAACAAACUUCCAGGAAAGUGAAAAACAGCCGAAACCCUGAUCUCCUUUAAUCCAUAAAUGAAUCAUUCAUAAACAUUUUGAAAUUGUUGUCGAUUUAUUUUCUAGAUUCAUGUUGUAAAACUUUCUGCUGAAACGUUUUAAUAAAUCUGAUCCUGACAGGGAAGAUGAUUCAUGAAGAUGAAGAGGAGGAUGAUGAUCCCCUGCCCCCCCCUCCCUGCUCCUCUGUUGCCAUGGAGACGGCGAUGUCAGGCAGGAGGCCGGAUCUGGCGUGCAUCGUGUGUUUCGGCAGCUACGACUUGCUGACGCGGUUGCCACGGCGACUCCACUGUGGCCACGCCUUCUGCCAGGCGUGUCUGAAGAGACUCGACACGGUGAUCAACGAGCAGGCGUGGAUCCCGUGUCCCCAGUGUCGGCAGAACACGCCGCGGCCGCGCGGUGGCGCCGCCGGUCUGGACCUGGACCUGGCGUCCUUCCUGGCGGUGAAGGCCCAGCAGACCUUCGUCUCCUGCUCCUCUUCCUCGCGAAGCUCUGCCCCCAGGGGCGGAGCUUCAUCUGGCGAUGGGAAGCUUUGGCUUGGGAAGGAAGUUCCCGAUGACGGCUGGCGGCACGGCGGCCUGGCGGAGCCGCGAUUCCAUCGCUACGGCGACUGCUGCCCGGCGCCGUCCUGCUGGCACUGCUGCUGGUUCUGCUGCCCCGGGCGAGGCUGACAGACCGGACCGGAACCGACCCGGCCCUAGAUGAGGCCCGGUACUGAUGUGCAUCCUAGAUUUCCUGGUUCCGGGUUAGUUCUGUGUCAGAACCGGGUCGGCUCUGGGUCGCCGUGAACAAUAAUCAGAGCUUUGAAAUGUUUCGUGUUCAGAAACAUCAAAUAAAAGCUUUAAAGUUUUGGGUCUUUGAUCUCAUUGAUCUCAUCUGCAGCUCGUUUCAUAAAUCCUUUGUUACCAUGGAGACGAAAAAGCAGAUCUGAUCAGAACCUGAUUCACUGUAAGGUCCAGUUGACACGUCAGAACUACCCCAGAUCAAAUACCAGAUCAGCUGCAAGUCCUGGUGCCCCAUCACUAGUUCAGG